UUCUCCCUAUUUUCCCAGUAUUGAACCUUUUUUUUGGGGGGGAGGGAUCCUCUGCACAACUACGGCAGGAUAACGGCUGUACUUUUCGAGUAGUGCUGUUCGGGUCGAGCAGACGGCAGAGUUGGAGAGAUUCUAAAAGGGGAGACUCAAAAAUAGCUUCCAAAGGCGAUUAGCUAUGACGGGAGGAAACACUGGGGCUCCGCGGGAAUCUACGUAAAAAUAAGAGGAUGAGGAGGAUUCCUCCGGUGUGGGCGCUGGGCGCUUGCCAGACUGGGUGAAGGCAGAACCGUGAGCUGAAGAAAAACCCUCCGCCCGGGGCUGCAGAGUAGGACCUCCGUGCAGGUUCACGCGGCCUUUGCCAAGGUGGAGCUUCCUGACCCAUGGAGAAUUACUUCCAAGCCGAGGCCUUCAACCUGGACAAGGUGCUGGACGAGUUCGAGCAGAACGAAGAUGAGACGGACACGUCAAUUCUCUCGGACGCCAAGUGGACGCAGAUCCUGGCUCCGCCCACCCACAUGCUCUCCCUGAACCCCGCUCUGGCCCACGCAGACAUCAGCCCCCGGGAGAGCCCGCUGCCCUUCAAGACCCUUCCCGACCCGUCCAGCACCUCCUCAGGGCCCGACCCCAAAAGGCCAGCGGGUCCCGAGCAUCCACCCUGGGCGGAGGAGAGGCCGGCGGACGUCCACAGCCCGCCUCUCCCUCAGCCCAACAUCGGCAAGCUGGUGGGCGCCGACGACGUCUCGCCAUGCGCCGUCGUGGAGAACGGCUGCACAGGAAGCCCACAGACCGGUUCUCCUGCUGAGGUCCAGCUUGGUAGCGAGGAGGAACCUUCGUCAGUGGGCAGUGGAGGCUCUCGCUUCACGUUUGAGAUGGGAUUAGCAGAGCAACGGACUCUUUCUGAGGAUAAUCCUCCACAUGUGACUCAAAAUGGAGGAGAGUUGAAAGAUGAGAACCGUUCUGCUGUUUUGCAGGACUUUGAGGAGGAAGGAAAAAGUUUAAAUUCGGAGGAGCUCGGAGGAAGCGUGAACGGGAGUCAGACUGUCCAGGCGGAGGUGGAGGAGAACAGUUUGUCUACUGAUGGCAGGGACCGAGCGCAGGACGACGAGGAGGAGGAGGGGAGAAAAUGUGCUGAAAAUGGACAAACGGAGCAGAAAGUUCGAACAGGGAUCCUUCCCAACGGUCUGGAGAUGGAGAAUGGAAGCAGCUUAAAGGUCAACGAAGCGGAGGACACCGAGGACUUUUCUCCGUCUCCCGUCCCGUCCAAGGAGGACUCUGUGACCGAAGAGAAGGAGAUGGAGGAGAGCAAGCAGGAGCUGAGCGACGGCGGGUCCGGCGGCGUCCAAACGAAGCUGAACAACAGCCGGCUGCAGCCGGUGAGCGUUCCCUACGGAGGAGCGCGGCCCAAGCAGCCAGUCAGCCUCAAGCUGCAGAUCCCGCAGCCGCUGUCCGGCCAGGUCCAGAACCAGCUCGGCACCAAGAACAAGAACAUGGACAGCAGCUGCCGCAGAGGCACGCCCACCGACCCGGCGCCGGGCGGGACGGGCCAGAGUUCGCUCAAUGGAAACGGAGGAACCCUCUCUCCGUCGCUGACUGCGUCCGAGAGCCCUGACAACGACCUUCAGGCCGGGCAGCAGGGGGCGCUGUGCAGGAUGGCCGCCAGCUCGCUGGGAGAGGUGGCUCCUGUGUGGGUGCCCGACUCGCAGGCUCCGGUCUGCAUGAAAUGCGACGUCAAGUUCACCUUCACCAAGAGGAGGCACCACUGCAGGGCCUGCGGCAAGGUGUUCUGUGCAGCGUGUUGCAGCCUGAAGUGUAAGCUGCUCUACAUGGACAGGAAGGAGGCCCGCGUUUGUGUCACCUGUCAUUCUGCCCUGACUCGCGUUCAAUCAGCGGAGACGCCGGCUACUGCAGUCAAUCAGAGUCCAAACCCGAACAACCCGGCGGAGUACUGCUCCACCAUCCCCCCCCUGCAGCAGGCGCAGGCGUCUGGGGUCCUCAGCUCGCCGCCUCCCACCGUCAUGGUGCCCGUGGGAGUCCUGAAGCAAACCGGCAAUGAAGGCUCCCUGUCGCGGGACCAGAGGAGGGUUUGGUUCGCCGACGGGGUUCUUCCAAACGGAGACGCAGCAGAGUCCUCCAAGCCGCCGUCCUCCGGCUCGGCGUCCUCGCAGUCACGGGUCGCCUCCGCCUGCUCCAACAAGUCCGCCACGGCAGAGGCCUCAGAGGCGGCCCAGACCCCCGCUGCGCCGGCGGGCAGCCCCGUGGGCAGCUCCCUCAGCCUGAUCCCGGAGGACGGGCUCCCUCCCAUCCUCAUCUCCACCGGAGUCAAAGGAGGUACGGGAGGCCACAUCACAGAUUACGCCGUGGAGGAGAGACCGUCGGAGAUCGUCCUCAUGCAGCAGCUGGAGGAGGGAGGCCCGGACCCCCUGGUGUUUGUGCUCAAUGCUAACCUGCUAGCCAUGGUCAAGCUGGUCAACUAUGUUAACAGGAAGUGCUGGUACGUGACGACUAAAGGCAUGCACGCCGUCGGCCAGGCCGAGGUCGUCAUUCUGCUGCAGUGUCUGCCUGACGAGAAAACCAUCCCCAAAGACAUCUUCACACACUUUGUGCAGCUCUACCAAGAAGCCCUAAGCGGCAACGUGCUGAGCCACCUGAGUCACUCAUUCUUCACCCAGAGCUUCCUGGGCAGCAAAGAGCAUGGCGGCUUCCUCUACAUCAGCCCGUCCUUCCAGUCGCUGCAGGACCUGCUGCUGCCCAACCCGCCCUACCUCUUCGGCAUCCUCAUCCAGAAGUGGGAGACGCCGUGGGCCAAGGUCUUCCCGAUCCGCCUCAUGCUGCGGCUGGGAGCAGAGUACCGAUUUUAUCCGUGUCCACUGUUCAGCGUUCGCUUCAGGAAACCUCUAUUUGGAGAAACCGGGCACACCAUCAUGAAUCUGCUAGCGGAUUUCCGUAACUACCAGUACACUCUGCCGGUGGUGAAAGGUCUGGUUGUGGACAUGGAGGUGAAGAAGACGAGCAUCAAGAUCCCCAGCAAUCGAUACAAUGAGCUGAUGAAGGCCAUGAAUAAGUCCAACGAGCACGUUCUGGCCAUGGGGGCGUGUUUCAACGAGCGGGCCGACUCCCAUCUGGUGUGCGUCCAGAACGACGACGGGAACUACCAGACGCAGGCCAUCAGCAUCCAUCACCAGCCGCGCAAAGUUACUGGAUCCUGCUUCUUUGUUUUCAGUGGUGCGUUGAAAGCCUCGUCCGGCUUCUUGGCUAAGACCAGCAUAGUAGAAGACGGUGUGAUGAUCCAGAUCACAGCGGAGACCAUGGACUCUCUACGGCAAGCCCUGAGGGACAUGAAGGACUUCACCAUAACCUGCGGGAAGGCGGAGCAGGAGGAGAACCCGGAGCUGGUCCACAUCCUGUGGACCGAAGACGACCAGAACUUCAACAAAGGCGUCAUCAGCCCGAUCGACGGGAAAUCCAUGGAGUCCAUCACCAGCGUGAAGAUCUUCCACGGCUCCGAGUUCAAAGCCAACGGCAAGGUCAUCCGCUGGACCGAGGUGUUCUUCCUGCAGAGCGAGGACCAGCCCAGCGGGCUCAGCGACCCGGCCGACCACAGCCGGCUGGCGGAGAACGUGGCGCGGGCGUUCUGCAUGGCGCUGUGUCCGCACCUCAAGCUGCUGAAGGAGGACGGCAUGGCCAAGCUCGGCCUGCGGGUCACGCUCGACUCUGACCAGGUGGGNNNCCUGGCAGGAAGUAACGGCCAGCCCCUCCUCCCUCAGUACCUGAGUGACCUGGACAGCGCCCUGAUCCCCAUCAUCCACAGCGGGGCGUGUCAGCUGAGCGAAGGCCCCGUCGUCAUGGAGCUCGUCUUCUACAUCCUGGAGAUCAUCUCCUAGGAGACACAAACACUUCUUCUUCUUCUUUCUUUUUUAGCACCAUCUCACAGCCUGGUCCUCCUCCUAUGUCCCUCCAACCAUUCGCGCCUCAAAAAGAACCAGAAAACUGUGCCGGUCCGGCCCGGGUCGGUCCGGUCCGGGUAGCAUUCCUCCAGUCCAACCUAUGCAUCCUCCGCCGUCUGCUUCCAUCCAGAGGUGAAGCUCCGAGCAGAGAGUCUGUCCCGACCGCCACGCUGCGGCCUCCGAAGGGUUAAACUCAUGAACACCUGAGUGGCGUUCGCCCCGCCGCCUCCUUCAAAUCCAGACAAGUUGGUGUCAAACUUUUGUGCUGCAAAACUUUUCAUUUGUACCACUGUAAUUUUAAAGAUGAUAAAUGUUUCCAGAGGUCAUGAAAGGUCAACCGCCCACCAACUUCCUCAAGUCGGACCAAAUUCCAUGUCGGUCAACUCGGCUACGUUUGUGCAGCAAAAAUUAAUUUGUGCUGCUUUUGCGUUGAAGAUAUUAGUGGAAGUCACAUUACCCAGACACGUCAUUGGUGUCAAACGUUUGUGCUGCAAAGAUGUUCAUUUGUGCCGCUAUCAUUUUAAAGAUAUUUCCAGAGGUCGUGAAAGGUCAACCAGCCUCCCAUCUUCUUCCAAUCUGACAGAAAUCGAUCAACAUGACUUCGUUUCUGCUGCAAAAAGUUUCGUUUGUGCUGCUUUUGCUUUGGAGAUAUUAAUGAAAGUUCCAACAAAAUCAGCAUCGGAUGUUUUUUGCUGUAAAAAAUGUAAUUUGUGCCGUAGGUUUGCAGAGGUCAUCAGAGGUCAACCAGCCUCUCGCUCACAUUCACCAAUUCAAACGAACUUGAUGUCGAUCAACUCGGCUACGUUUGUGCAGCAGAAAUCUAGUUUGUGCUGCUCUGGAUUUGCAGGUAUUGAUGAUGACCUCUGACCUCUGGAACUUUUUUUAUUAUCUUUAAAACAAUAGCGGCACAAACAAAUCGAUUCUGUUAGAUCUGGAGAAGACGAUCUGGGGGUGAACGUCACUCCGGCUUAAUAAACUGAUCCAUCGGUUUUUAUUAAAAUACAAAUAUGAACUGAGGUCAAUUAACGUCGUUAUGCUCCAAAUUAUUAACUUUACUAAUCCAAAUAAAAAACCCACUUUAAAAAACAAUUCAAAUCAGAUGCCAAAUUUUAUUAUUUCUCGUGAAAUUUACAUUUAUUUUGUAGUAAUUUAGAUAAAAAUACUCAGUGUGUUGCCAAAAGUGUCCAGCUUUACCGCAAUACAAACUAAUUUAUGUUUUAUUAGGAUUUUAUGUGAUGGACAAACACAAAGUGGAGCAUAAUUUCAUCAGCUUCAUUUUUUGCCAAAAGUGAUUUGUACCACAAAAAAAAUAAAUUACUUACUUCGUCCAUUUUUAUAAAACUUAGAUGCUAUUGGUAAAUCAUCAAAUCUGGCCGCCACAAGUUACUAUGUGGCUCCCCAAACUCAGUAGACAUAAGAAAAAAUAGUUGUGUUUAAAUAUAGUUUUAUUAAUGCAGUUUGUAUUGUUUAUACUGCUAAAUUACAUCAAUCUCUUCUAAUUUUUCAUGCAAAAAUCAACAAAUCCCCAAAUUGUUUCAUGCUAAUGCAUAAUUGUGUUUACUACAAGUUUUCAGCAAGAAAAUGACAAAAAAGGGUUGUAGUGACCAACUCUCACCAGCAGGUGUCAGUAUUGUCCUUUACUUUAUGUCCAGUUCCAGUAGUAAAGUAAUAUUUAGCAUAAGAGCAAAUAUUUCUAAAUUAGCAUAAAAAAUUCUGCGUUUUUGAUGUCAUAAAAAAAAUCACAAAACUUUGAAAGCCAAAAAAUAAAUACAUAAACUUAGUAACAGAUGUGUGAUGACAUCAUUAGUUUGAGGUCCUCAGUGUGGCUUUCCGGACAGACCCGACGGCUCCUCUGCUUCUUGUCGGACGUUUGCUCCGAUGUCACUGUGUCAGCCAGAUGAAGCGAUGCAUUCUGGGUAAAAACCUGCCUCUGUGUAGCAUGGAUGCUGCUGAAGGAAUCGUUGGAGGUGGAGGACGGUGCGUUCGUGAGGAGAAACGUUUUUUUUUGUUGUUGUUUUUUGUUUUGCACCAUGGUGCUCAGUGCCUGCAGCAGAGCGUCAUCAAGGGAAGAAGAUUUGUCGGCUUAACUUUAAGCUUUACUCAUCGUCGCCAAAUUCUGCAUAGACUUGUAUAUAUUUUUUUAAAGAGGAGCCGUUUCUUCCCUACGCUAUCGUCUGUGUCCUCUUACGAAACGUCUAAAAGUCCCGCCGUACUUUCCGUUUCUUCAGCUGCAUCUCAUUUAGUCUAUUCAAAUCAUGCGAACAACUGUUAAAAAUGUAAAAAUAUAUAAAUAUAUACAGUAUAUAUAUAUAUAUAAAGAGAUAUAAAAACUAAUUGCAGAAGCAGUGCACUGGAGUCUAAGCCAUUUAAGUUGAGCGCCGCGUUCUGGGAAGAAAAGGUAACUUCAGAAAUUCACUGACUGAUCCGAGGCUGAAUGUAUCUCCGCUCCGCGUUCUGCUUCCUCCC